AUGGCCUGGGCAACAUCCGAAGAAAACACUCGCCUCCGAGCGCGCCAACUCCUUCGCUAUCACAACAAGCACGAAGAGUCCGGCCCUCUCCCGAACGCCGACAAGAUCACCGAAUCCGACAUCGAGCUCGCUGAGCUUCUCGCUCCGGUCUGGCGUCUCGAGGAGUGCAACGAAGGAGAGGUUGAGUAUCCCGAGCAGUGGGAGAAACUCGCCAAAUCCCUUUCUUUCACUCUUGGAAGCUUCCGUCGCAACGCCAAGGCUAUGACGGCUGCACCAACUGUCAACAAGAACGGUGGUGACAAGGCUGAGAUUGCUUCUCUUGAGCUGCUUAACAAGCGACUCAAGGAGCUGUUGAAGCAGGCAAAUGAGGAGAAGAAGGCUGCGCAGGAAUUGGCUGAUCGCCACUUGGCACGAGCUGAGAAGGUCGAGGCUGAACUUGAAAAGCUUCUGGAGGAGGAGUAA